AUGCAUUUCCUUCAUUUAGCUCUUUCCCUCUUGACGGCCUCGUCAACUGCCUUUGCCCUUGAGCCUUUGACCGUCAAGGGAAGAAAGUUUUUUCAAAACGAUACCCAAUUUUACAUCAAAGGUGUCGCCUAUCAACCUAAAGUGGAUGCCGAGUUCACUACUACUAUUGUUGAUCCUUUAGCCGAUGCUGCCAACAAGAACUGCAGCGGUGACGCCCAAUUGAUUCGCUCUCUUGGUGCAAAUACAAUUCGCGUAUACUCUGUGAACGCUAGUUUAGACCACGAUAAAUGUAUGAACGCUUUUAAGAAUGAAAGCAUCUACGUCUUUUUGGACGUCGCAAACCCCUCUACCGGUAUUGAUCGUACAGAUCCUACUUGGACCUCUACUGGAUACGAUGCCUACAAACAAGUCGUUGAUGUUUUUUCCAAAUACAACAACACUGCUGGCUUCUUUGCCGGUAACGAGGUUGUCAAUAAUGCUAGCAAUGUGCCUUCUGCGGCUUACGUUCGCUCUGCCGUCCGUGACUUGAAGUCCUACAUUAAGUCUAAAAAGUAUCGCAGCAUUCCUGUUGGUUAUGCCGGUGCCGAUAUUCCUGGUAUUCGUAAUGAACUCGCUGCUUACUUAACCUGUAACGCUACCAAGUCCCCUCACGACAAUGUUACUGAGGUUGACUUUUUGGGUUACAAUAAUUAUGAAUGGUGUGGUCAGUCAGAUUUUUAUAAAUCUGGUUACGCUGCUCGUACAAAUGAACUCCAAGACAUCACUGUUCCCAUCUUCUUCUCUGAGUUUGGCUGCAAUAUCAUCUCCCCCCGUGUCUUCUCUGAAGUUCAAACAAUUUACUCCAAAAACAUGACCGACGUUUGGAGUGGUGGUAUCGUAUACGAGUUCUCUGAAGAAGUAAAUGGCUAUGGGUUAGUCAACAUAACUUCCGACGGUGAGCGUGUAAAAAACACCGAUUUUGAAAAUCUACAGAAACAAUGGGCUAGUAUCAAUCCAGAAAAGGUGUCAAAACUUUCUUAUAAUACCACAGAUAUCUCUCUUCCCGAAUGUCCUACCAGAAACGAGACUAGUUGGCCUGUCACUUCUGAGGCCUUCCCAGUUACUCCCAAUGCCACUUUCUGUGAGGAUGCUGUCAAAAACCUUCACUGCUCUGUGCAAGGUGAAGCUGAAGGCUCUAAGAUUGGUCAAGUCUUGGGUGAAUUGUGCUACUAUGACCAAGAAGCUUGCGCUGAUAUUAGCAGCGAUUCUUAUAACGGUCAUUAUGGAAAGUUCACUGGUUGCACUGGUAAGCAACAGCUAAGUCUUGCUUUGGACGCCUACACCAAGCACCAUGGAGAUGAUGCUUGCAGCUGGGGUGGCAUUGGCGUCUUAUCCUAG